ACGAACAAAGCCACAAAUCCGUACGUCCCUACGAAUGUCCCAUUUGUCAAAAGACAUUUUCGUUCAAAACAAACUUCCUGACCCACGUCAAAUACCAUUCGGUCCCAGACGACCGAUUCAAAUGUGAACUCUGCGACAGAGGUUUCAAGAAGAAACAUCUCCUGCAGGAGCAUCAGGUGAUCCACCAGGAAAGUGAAGCACGUCCCUUCAAAUGCCAUCUGUGUUCGAUUGCCUUCACUCGGAAUGAUCUGCUGGAGUUUCACGUGAAGAAGCAUUUGGGGGAAAAGCCGUUCAAAUGUAGCCAGUGUAGUGCGUCCUACAUCCAUGGGAGGGACUUGCGGAGGCACAAUCGAGUCAAACACGAAGGGGAGACGCCGUUCGCGUGUGAAGUUUGUCACAAGGUGUUCUCCAGGAAAUAUUCGCUGGGGAAACAUUUGAAAACUCAUAAGUGAGGAUGUUCCACUGGGAUUGAAUAUGUUUGUGUCGCUGAUUAAAAUAACUAUGCGAAAUUUUAAAAUCAUAUCGACUUUAUCGGUUGAAGAUAAUCACCGUGGACCUUC